AAAAAAGAUACAGCCACAGAUGUUGUUACAACAAAGUGUAAAAUCAAAAAAUUAGUAAUUCUAGCAGCCACGAUUGAUCCUGGUGCAAAUUUUCCAAUUAUAACUGAAGACAUUGUUAAACAUUUAAAAUUUGUAAUUAAUACAAAAGAAAAACAUAAUCUCAGUGGAAUUGUUACAUCACCUACUGAAUUAAUUGGAAUCAUCCAUAAUGUGCUGGUAACUUUCACCUUAGGUGAAUUGGCAACUACAUCUCAAGAUACUAAUACUUCAAUACCUGAUCAAAUCUCGCAGAAUGUAGAUAGUGAUGAUAACAAUACAGCAUUAAAAAAAAAUACAUAA